AUGACUACCGAAGAUAACGCUCACAAACAGAUGCAAAUCAAGAUACUAUACUCGUUUGAUGAUAAUCCAACAACAUUCCUCUCCAGAUCAACUCAACAAUAUUCAGUGCAAACGGCCGAGGUUCCCAUUCAGUCAUCAUUAUCGGAAGAGCCGGAGCUCAUAACUCUAGGGGCGUUUGAACUUCGAAGUUGUAUCAAACAACUACUCCAGUCUAAUCCGGAAAACUUCAAGCUCCAUUCAGAAGAUUAUGCUGUUUACUACAAAGAUAUAACUGAACAACCAGAUGAGCCUUUUGUUUCAAAUGGUGUACUUUCAUCGCUUGUAUCGUCCAAAGAAUCUUGUCUAAUUCCGGGUCGGGUUUGUCAAAACGUAUCAGCCAAUUUUCUAUUUGGCAACAAAAAGAAGGCGUCAUCAUUGACAUUAGAAAUUAGGUUGAAACUACAUACUAUUGAAGGUGCCCCUGCUUUUGCGUCUCCGGAAAAUGUGUCACAACCACAGCAGCAGCAACUGCAGUUGCAACGCCACCAACUGCAACCUAGACAGCCGCUAUCAACUAUAAAUAGUUCCCACAAUGACAGGAAAAGGCCGUACGAGUCCUCACACAAGUCAAUGUACAACUCCGCCAAAGCCACAAGAACGUUAUCGUUGCCUUCUUACUCAAACAUUCAAAACAUACGACAAGCCGAUCGAGCCAACAUAAUCACUCGCUAUAAUAGGGAGAAUGUUGAGAAUAGGUUCAAGCUGGCGCCAUUUUUCCAGGAAAAGGCUGUGUAUGAUAGUGGGAAGAAAAGACCAAAGUACUCUUCAGGAACUACUACAUCACUGCAACAGAGCAAACCAAGUCCGACUCCUUCGCAGCUUAUACCACAAAGAGCUGUUCGUACCAGAUCAAUGUUUACAAACACCCCGAUUAUGGUCUCAUCGCCAAUCAAUGAAGAAUCGUACUCAUCUGAUGACCCUGAAUACAAAGCUAAUGAAGACAAUAAUGAAUGUGUUGAGGAAGAGGAAGAUGAAGAGGAGGAGGAAGAGGAAGAUGAAGAGGAGGAGGAAGAGGAAGAUGAAGAUUACAAUGCUACAUCUCCGUACACUCCUCAACAACCACCAUAUGUUAAUAAAGAAACACCUCCGGAGUUGCCUGAAGACUUGGAUAGUAAGCGAACUCACACAAUAACCAGCGCGAAAUUGCCCGACAACCAUGGCUUGGUAUGCAUCAACUCGUGUUGCCGAACUCAGUCAUCAAUUGCAUGGAAAUAUUUUGAAACUGAAUAUAAACCUCACUUUUCAGCACUUAUACGAGCUACUGAAUUUGACAAAAGACAUUAUGAAGGAAUGCUUGGUCCUUUAUGUAAUGCUUGUUUCCUAUUUUACAAAAACAAGGGGUUUAUGAGACCAGAACAUGUUGUGAGAAAGUACAAUCAACAGCAACGAUACACUCAGAAAUUGAAAAUGAAAAAUUCAAAAGAGGAGGAAGCAGAGAAUACAAAAACGUCAUCGUCAUCAACACUCAAUGCCAUUGCCAAUAAAAAGAAUUUCCAUUCCUCUCCGAAAACAUUUUUAACUCCAUCCCAUACCCCAUCAGCAAUCAACCAAGUCAUUCAAAAUAAGUACCAUAGUGGUCAAAACCAUCAGCAUUAUCACCAACAGCACAAUCCGCUACCAUCGGGACAAACACCUGACUAUCAUGAUCUACUUAAUCAACUAAAUGUGUAUGGUGGUCCGUCCACUGAUAUUGAUCCAUUACCAGGUACAACUCCGCCAAUGCUUGCAACAAAGUCCAAUACCAGGAUCAUCAAUGUUGCCGAUAAUGAGGCCAAACGAGCAACCAAACAAAAUACCACUGUGAUUGAUUUCUACGAGGGCGAAGAUAAAGAAAAUUGCCCACCGCAAGAAGUAAGCAAUAAGGAAAUUGCAGAACUCGAUGCCAUGUUGCAAUCUAUCCACGAUGAUUCUAAUUCCAAUUGGAUGAAUUUCUUUACUGAUUCAGUCAGGAAAGAUGAAAACAGUCCCAAUUCCAAAACCCCUGUUGAUCAAAAUCCAAUCACAUUGUUGAAGAAAUCGUCAAUUCGAUCACCAGCAAAUUCAUCGAAUAAGCUGUCAAUGGCAAACAUGCCUAGCUCUCCAUACUUGUCAGCACAAUCACAAACUGACAACAAUCAUAAUGAAUUGGAUGAUGAUGUCGUCUUGGGCAGUGCAACGUUCAAGCAAGGUGGGUCGUCGUCUCCACAACAUGCUGCCAGGACAGAUACGGCAACUCUGUUGAUGAAUUGGCAACACAAUCCAAAUAACCCGGCAUUGAAAGAUUUGGGCUCAACUCCGAAUACUGACUUUUUUUCCAAUAUGGAUCAAGAGGGAGAUAAGUUUGAUGGAGAUGUAAAUGUUGCUUUGAGCACGGAGAAUGUGCAAACUAGUUGA